CACACACACACACACACACACACACACACACAGUCAGACAGACAGACAGACAGACAGUCAGACAGUGUGUCACCUCUGCAGCAGCGGCAGCAGUGCGGUCACCGGGGCCGGUGUUGGUUGGUGUUGGUCGGUGUUGGAGUCACAGACGGACCGGCGGACCGACAGAUAGCGGACAGGUCACACUACAGUGAUGUCAUCACUCCUCCUCGUCUUCCUCCUGCCCUUCCUCAUCCUCACCCCGGCCUCCAUGUUGGAGUUCCGUUACCAUAACAACCGUGAGAUCGAGCAGUACCUCCUCCAGGUCAACGCCUCCAACCCUGACGUCACACAUCUGUACAGCAUCGGCCGCUCUGUCAGAGGUCAGCAGCUGUGGGUGUUGGCUCUGGGUCUCAGUCCUCGCCGUCACACUGUCGGCAUCCCCGAGUUCAAAUAUGUGGCUAACAUGCAUGGAAACGAGGUUCUCGGCCGGGUGUUGAUGCUACAGCUCAUCGACGACCUGCUGCGUGGUUACCGUAACAACGAAACAUGGUCACUGCAGUUACUGAACAGCACCCGGAUCCACAUCCUGCCGACAAUGAACCCCGACGGCUUCGACGCGUCGGACACAGACUGCCAGUACAGCCAGGGCAGGGUCAACCAUAACGGCAUUGAUCUGAACAGGAAUUUCCCCGAUGCCUUCGCUGGUCUCCGGAAGCAGCAGCAGAUUGACGAGGAGAAGAGGGAGGCAGAGGUCAGAGCUGUGAUUGGCUGGUUGAAGAUGGAGAGUUUUGUUCUCUCUGCAAACCUCCACGGAGGAGCUCUGGUGGCCAGUUAUCCUUACGACAACAGCAACGGAGGCAGUGAGCUGGUGGGCGGGGCCAGCAUCUCCCCCGACGACGACGUGUUCAUUCACCUGGCCAAGGUGUACUCCCACAACCACGGCUCCAUGCACCACGGCGACCGCUGCGCAGACAGCAGACCGUUCCUAGACGGCGUCACCAACGGGUACCAGUGGUAUCCUCUGGCAGGUGGGAUGCAGGACUAUAACUACGUGUGGGGUCAGUGUUUGGAGUUGACUCUGGAGGUUUCCUGCUGCAAGUUUCCUCCCGCCGAACAACUUCCUGCUCUGUGGACGGAGAACAGGAAGUCUCUGCUGUCCUUCAUCCAGCAGGUUCACCUGGGGGUCAAAGGUCGUGUGUUCAAUGGCUCCGGAGUGCCGGUCCAGAAUGCAGUGGUGGAGGUCAAAGGUCGCAGGAAUCUGUGUCCGUUCAGAACCGACAGACAUGGAGAAUAUUACAGACUGCUGCUGCCUGGGAACUACAGCUUCACAGUGACGUACCCGGGUCACGAGGUUUUGACGGAGACUCUUAAUGUACCGUAUGGUCCUGAUCACUACUCUGCCAUGACACAUGACUUCCUGUUGCGUCAAAUCCCCACAACGACUGGCCGCACCCCGGUUCACCCCUCCCAAGCUAACACCACCCCUCCCUGUAACUACACCUUACACCUGGAGGGAGGCGGAGCCAUCUCUGGGCCCUCAUUGACAGGGCUGGGUGCAGGGCUCGGCCUCGUGGCGGCGCUUCGAUCCCUAAUCGACUGAAGCAGCCCUGGUGCUCGGUGUGAUGGUCGCAGGUUUGAACCCUCGACCUGCAAGAAGGCAAACAAACAAAGCACAAUAACGUGGUUGACCAGAAGUUUCUGAAGGUUAACCACUCGCCAUCAGCUUCGUCACUACUGAAAGAUUCUACUCUGAGGGCAAAGGGGUGAAGCAGGGCGGAGUUUAAAACCCUGGUUACAACAGAAAGCAGUACUUCAUAUGCAUGUCCUCACAGAAGAGGCGGUGCUUGAAGCUUUUGGACGUUGUGACUGCUCGCCAUCAGAGGCCGGUUCCACAGAAGACAUUUUGACACUGAAGAAAACACUUGAAGAAAACAAAGCCAUCGCUAACAUUAUUGUGUUCUUUCUACUAUGAUCAAUAUAAAAUAUCUAUUGUAUAAAAGCCAUACUGGCAAACUACUGUAGCUAGCAACCUAACACGCUAGCAGCUGGUAACAUUGUAAUGGCCAAUCUAGCUGGCUUGCUAAAUAGCCAGCUCGUAUACCAGGACAAAUCUAGCAUUUGUUUUGUGUGACGAUAAAACCACACAGUUUAUUCAUACCCUCCUGGUUAAUGGUGAACUACUGCACCUGGCAAAAUAACAGCUAACAUGUUAGCCACUAGCGAACAUUGCGAGUCUUGUCAGUCACUAUGGCCAAGCUCGCUGGCUUGUCGACUAGCUAUCAGGAUUUAGUAUUGUCGUACCUCAGUUUGGAUAGUAGCCUACAACCUUCCAUGUAGUUCACUGUACACUAUGCACUUGCAUAAUUUCAAGCUGUGCUCUCAAAUGCGAACGUGGCUGAUUAGCACUUACGGGAAAUGACAAUCCCAACAUUUGACCGGUUCUUCUUUUUUGGCAAUUGCAGCCAAAUGUAGCAUUACCGCCAACAUUUGACCACAGUUAUUGCCGCCAACAUAUCUGCCAGCUUGAUCGCUUGUGCAGCUUCCUCGCCCACCAUUGUUACAGUUUUGGUGGUCGCUUCCUUCUGCUGCAUAGCCAAGAUGGCCACCACUAGGGUGAGCAGUGUCCAGCGUUUCACAGUCCACUUUAUCACUUCGCGUACACCAUCCGGGUAGCACACUGCAUUUUGCCGUACCUGGCAGCGUGAAUGCUCUUAUACUCAAAAUAGCAAGUGUUAAGUGAGCGAAUUGAUAUGCAACAUUUUUGUUGAGUCACAAUAAAAUCACACAGUUCAGUCAUACUUCCCAGGUUAACUGGCACACUACUGUAGCUAGUGAGCUAAUCAGCUAACACGUUAUCUGCCAGUGAACAUUGGGAGUGCAUCUCAGUUACAGUAGCUAAGCUAGCUGGCUUGCUAAUUAGCUUCCAGUAUUUAGUAUUUUUUCUUUGUGACGAUAAAUCCCAACAGUUUAUUCAUACUGGCAGGGUUAUAAGGUGAACCAUUGUAGCUAGCAAGCAAAUCAGCUAACACACGAACCACCAGUGAAAAUGAGAGUGCUUGUCAGUUAAAUGGCAAAGCUAGCUGGGUUGCUAACAAGCAACCAGGAUUUAGUUUAUGUUUUGUGUCACAAUAAAACCACACAGUUUAUUCACACUGACAUUGUUAACUACUGGAGAACUACUGUAGCUGGCGAGCUAACAGCUAAUCAGUCACAACAGCCUCAGGCAGCUGAUUCGCUAACUAGCGAACACUAGCUCAGCCUCUAAAUGUUCAAGGUUGAAUUUAUCCAGAAACCCUACUUACACCUCUGACUUCAGUCUCACAACUGUCUCCAAACCAUUCCUUUUUUGUGUGAUGCAGUUUGUUCUCCGUCAGAGGAAGUUAUAUCAAAUGUGACGGUGCAACUCAGCUAGGUAGCUAAUUAGCAUCUUCUGUUUUGGACUCUUUGGCACUCCGUUUCAUUAAAUCAGCACUGUUUAGAUGGGGUUUUUUUGCUAUCAAUGUGGAAAUUCACUGACAAAAAGUUUCCACAGAUUUAUUCACAGUGGUUAAAGUGAAAAUAAUUUAUUUGGUGGUAAAUUUCCACCAUUUUAGAUGAUUAGCAACUCUCUCGGAGACUUAUUAGUAAUGGUUUGAUUUUUGAAAAUUUAUUCUUAGAAGUGAAAUUUAUUAAAAGAGCUGCUGGACAUGUGACAACUUUGCAUUUCUAGAUUUUUUUUUAAAAAAAGAUUUCCUUCAAAAACUAAUCCAGCCCCAACCACAGACCAGGGUGGACUCCAUGACUAAAAUUUACGAGAUAAAGAAAAAACAGCCCAGGACACAAAGUAUAGAGACACGUGAUGCAGAGGAAUAAGUAGGGUCUAGCUGAAAGUCCAUUCUGUUGAAAUGAUUCACUGGAGGUUAAACUGCUGCCUGAGGAUUCAGUUGUCGCUGCUGAAACGCUCCAUCGUGUGACGGGGCGUCAGCAGCGAUAAGUCUCAUUACUGUAAGUGUGGUGGAGCUGGACCAUGUAAUUUUAUCUGAGAGGAGGAGCACUUUAAAAUUAGCACUUGCAGGGACUGUUUUUAGAGAGGGAAGUAUUUAAACCACAGAAACGGACAUGACAUCAUCCGAGUGUUGAAAUGAAGCGAGACGCACAUCAGUCAUCGAUCUGAACUCACUGAGGUGCGUUUGAUUUACGACUCCAGACGAGUCAUCUCGCAUGUUCAUGCAGGCGUUCGUCCUUUCUACUUGUGUGUGUGUGUGUGUGUGUGUGUGUGUGUGUGUGUGUGUGUGUGUGGAGGGUGGUUUACACCGUCCCAUUAAUUCCUAGAGGACAGCUGAGUCUGGUGGUUCCCAACCUGAGGCUUGAGACCCCUCAUGGGGCCACAGAAUUAACCUGAGGGGUCACGAAAUGAUUAACAAGAUAGGAAAUUAGAAAAUACCUUAAAAAAACCUUUCUCUAAUUGUGCCUUUUUUAUUGUGAAUUUCAUCACUAUCAUCAGAAAUCAUAGAAAAAAGAUGCUGUAGAACCUGCCUUAGAAUUUUCAUGUUUUUAAGUUUUCUUCUGUAUCAGAGUGACCCAGUGAGAGUCGUCUACGUUCAUGAGUUCACUGUGAAGCUGUUUUUAGAUAAUUCAGCUCACUUUUAAUGUGCCACUUUGUCAAAAUGUAAAAAAUAUAGGCUAACAAUAAUAUUUGUAGCCCACAUGUAACUAUCUGACUCCAUGGCAGUAGUAUAUUUCCUCUUUAAAGCCCCUAAGCAUUAUGGGAAGUGUGGUUUAUCAAACUUAGAGCAGGAUUAUCCCCCUUAUAGAAGUAAGACAAAAAUCCAUUCAUUUAAACCUGCCUCAUGUUGAACUAUCUAGAUUUUUUGGUGUCUCUGAGUCUCAUCGACGUCAUUUUUAUUUUUAGCCAAAAAGGUCAAGGACCACUGGUUUAAAGAAAAACCAGUACAACCUGAUAACUGGGACUCAAACCUGCGAUCACCAUCUGUGAGCUCAUACAGUAUCUGUACACAGUAUGUAUUUCUAUACAGUAUAUGGACACAGAUGUGUAUCAGGUUCACAGCAGCUCCAGUAACUAAACAGGUGUGACACCAGUUUUAACGCAGAGGUCAGAGGUCAGUGAACGCCUCGUCCUCGUUUCUCUCCCUUUGUUUAAACUGGGUUUUUUUGCCAAAUAUCUUUGACUGUUUUUCUACUUUUGUAUGUUUGAUAUGAAACUCGUCUGUGCCAUGUUGGACCUGUGGUGACUGCAGGAUUCAGUUGCACCUGAAACAUCAGACCUCAUUAAAGUUUGACCUCUGUUUCACUGUGAAACACCAAACGUACUGAAUCCUACUGGACCUGAAGUAAACUGUCACUCAACUGGUUCUCAAAGGAAACGAAGCAUUAAACAUACAAAGAUCUGAAAGAUCACAGUGUGUUAAUUGUGUUGGUGUGUUUGGUUUAUGAUAACAAUAAAAAUACUGAUGGGAAGUACCGUAAAACUUCAAUUAAAUGUCCAGUGUCUUCUACAAAUUUAGGCCUGUCUCCAUUAGAGGCCUGGUCUUCAGCUGUAUAAAAGCAGGUUGUUGGCUACCUCAGAUUUUGUGUCUGUUCCUGGAUUACCCUGUAAAUUCUUCAUACUCCUUCAGUCUGUAAGAGUCCUCAGAUCAAAAGGAUCAAAAGGGAUUUUCAUAAAAAUUAAUCAAAGUGG